AUGACGACUUCCGAGACCAAAUUGAGCAUGAAGCUUUUGAUUGACACUAAGGCUAAAAAAGUACUAUUUGCAGAGGCUGAGAAGAAUUGUGUGGAUUUCUUGUUUCUCAUUCUCUCAUUGCCAGUGGCUACAGUCAUUAAGCUUCUUAAGAAGAAAGGGAUGAAUUAUGGAUGCUUGCCUAAACUCUAUGAUAGUGUCGAAAAUUUGAACGACACUUAUAUUCAGUCGAAGGACAUCCUUUUGAAACCUAAGUCAUCAGUAAUUGGGAUCUCUUGCAUUCCACUUCUAUCAAUUGAUGAUGUUCCGGCAACUACACAAAAGACCUUUUAUGCCUGUUCCAACACUUAUUCCCACUCAUCUGUUUCUGAUGACCCUAGAGCAAAUUGUACAAGUUGUCAAUGUCCUAUGUCAAGACGUUUGAGCUAUGUUGCUCCUCCGGUAGCGAGUGGAGCUGUGGCAUCAACAAGUGGUUUUGUGAAGGAUGUUGUGACAUACAUGGUGAUGGAUGACUUGGUGAUUAAGCCUAUGUCCACUAUUUCAAGCAUUACUCUUCUCAACAAGUUCAAUGUCAAGGAUGUUGGUGUACUUCAAGAGGAAGUUGUUAAUUUUGGAAUGGAAGAGGUAAUUCAAUUGAUUAUUGCAUCCUUCGAGUCGAAGACAGUCCUGACUAGUGUUUUCAUGAGCCUCAUAAAAGUGUCGAAAUAG